AUGUCGGCGGUAUUCCAAGGUAAACUGGCAGAACAUUUAAAUUUUGGCCAUAUUUUACAAAUUGGAGCCCAGGUUGAAGCGGAGGGGUCGUGGUUCUGGAUAUCAUUGACCACGGGACGCUUUCAAGAACGUGAUCACAUUGAUAUUGGCCUACACAUGAUAGUGAAUACGCAACAUGAAAAAAUUAUUGUCAAACAACAGGUUCAAGAAGAAUGGGUGGAAGUGGCCACCAAAGAAUUUAAUACCGAAGAGUUUUUCACACGUUUUCAAAUCAAUCUAAUUAUGGAUGGAGAAAAAUUCCAUAUUAGCAUUAAUCGCAACCCCUUCAUGUUUGUACCCUAUCGCGUGCCAAUUGAGUCAUUGAAUACGUUGAAAAUUUCCGGACAUUUAUCACAGAUCUAUCAAAUCGAUCAUCGUAAAUAUUUUCCACGUCCCUGGCCACCAAUACAAUUGUCCGAAGAUCGUGUACAUUUUAGUCAUGAUAUACCGUUGGCUUUUCGUCCUGGCCAUGUUAUGGUCAUAAUGGUGAAAUUGAGGGGUGAUAUGAAGGGUCGAUUCAUUAUGCAUUUUCGUAAUGCCGAGAAUAUUAAACGGCAAGAGGUACACAUUAGCAUGCGUUUUGAUAAGAAGAAGGUAAUACGCAAUUCGAAAUUACCGACACAGAGUAAAAAGGAUCCGCCGGAGAAAAUGGUUUUUGGUAGCGAAGAAAAGGAUGGUCAGUUUCCAUUUGAGGAUUUUUCAACGCCGUUUAAAGUAGCGGUGGCAUUCACUGAGUCGCAUUUUCGUAUGGCUAAGGAUGGUGUAUUCCUGUUUGACUAUGCCCUGCGUACACCAAAUGUUUUGCCUCAGAUAUCUGGUGUCAAGAUUUUCGGUAUCGAUGGUGUGACGGUACGUGUCAGUUCUAUUGAUCAUUUCCAUUUGGAUGAUCCGAGGUUACGGUUAAGGGAAUACGGCUUUGUCUAA